AUGGAACUACCCUUUUUCCCUACCCUUUUCUCAGCUGUUAAAAGCUUUGUGGUGAAACAAGCUUUUUUCCCAACCCUGGAGGAUUGGCUAGUGAAUCACCCGAAAAUCCGGGAGUUUUCAUGGCACAAUGGCCAAACACCAGGCUCCUCCCAGCGCUUCCUUACCCUCACUGUCUUAUCCUAUAUCGCCUUCACGUUUGUUCUCUCCCAAGUAUCUCGCCCUUCGCUUACACGUCCAGUCCUGAAAUCUAUCUCAGCCGUCCACAACAUCUUCCUGCUUACUCUCUCUUUCAUCAUGGCGCUUGGUUGCCUUGUUUCAGUCUUCUCCCAGGUGCCUAACUUCAACACCCUCGUCUGCUUCCCUAGGCGCACAUCACCAUCUGGACCUCUCUUUUUCUGGGCCUAUCUAUUUUACCUGUCGAAGAUUGUUGAAUUCAUGGACACCCUUUUGAUCAUCCUCAGUAACUCCAUGAAAAGGCUAUCGUUUCUUCACGUAUACCAUCACUCAAUGGUCGUGAUCAUGUGUUACAUGUGCAUAGACAGUGUUCAAUCUUCCUUCCCUAUGGUGCUGUUUACCAACUGCGUAGUGCAUGUUGUAAUGUACACCUACUACUUGAUGUGCACCCUCGGGAUGCGCCCGAAAUGGAAGAAAAUUGUGACAGAUUUCCAAAUUUUGCAGUUCUGGGCAAGCUUCUUGAUCAUGGCUAUGCUUGUCUUCUACCACUUCACUGGUUCAGGCUGCUCUGGGAUUUUGAGUUGGUGCUUCAAUUCAGCCUUCAUCAUAUCUCUUUUGUUCUUGUUCUCUGACUUCCAUGCUAAAAGCUACUCCCCCAAGGUUAAGGGUAACUAAUUCAUAAUUAGAUGCCCAUUUCUUUUCCAUUUUUCUACUUAAAAUUUAAGCACAUUG